GGAGAGGAGGACAGAUGACGACCGAGAUCCGCUCCGCUGCAGCGCAAGGAGGAGAGACGCGGAAUGAUGUGUAAAUCAUCCCAUUUUCACGUUUGACACCGAGACAAGUUGCUUCGGCUGGACUCAGCUCAUCUCUCCGGCUGUAAAUAAAGGAGGCUGGAACCAUCUGAAAACCAACUGUAUUAUUUUUAAUGAGUUGAUUUGAAGACUUUUCCCUGUCCAUCUGUCUUUUAAGAGCAGCAGACAGACACAGACAGUCAUUAUGGAGUCUAUCUUAGACAGUUUAACAGAGGAGAAACUCUAUUCCUCCGGAGGAACCAACCUGUUGGACCUGGAGGAACUCAGCGACGGUGAUUUCCUCACUAACGUGCCUUUUUCAGGUGACCAAAUGGACGACUUCAGCAGUGAAUUAUUUAACAGUUUCUUCGACGACCAUCUGCUAGAGCGCCCCCUGUUGACAGAUAGACCCUCACCUCUAAAUAUCGACAUGGACAGCAACCCAGAUAUCCAAGCAGAGCACAGCUACUCUUUGAGUGAAGACUCCGCCCCCCAGAGUCCAGCCCUGUCAAUCAAAAUGGACCAAGAGUCUGAAUUUGACUGGAACUUCAGCCAGGACCUGUCCUCCAUCCUGGUGAAACAGGAGGAGCCUGAAAUUGGCCAAAGGUUAGAUCCUCAGCCUCUCGAAAGCCCGCCUCUCAUAUUAAGCCCUGCCCCUCCCCGCACAGGGUCACCGUGGAAACGCACAGAGCGCCGUCUAGAUGAUGUGAAGUCAGUAGCUAUAAAGGACGAACCCAGAGAAAAUGGACAGUAUCUCAGCCUGCCCAACGAUGACGCUCUCCAGCUCCCGCCCACCCCACCCAGCAGUAACCAUGGCGACAGUGACGGCUCACUACCGCCGUCCUCCCCACACCUCCCUCUCCCACCGCCCUCACCCCAGCCACAACAGAGGCCAGGAGGUCGCGGGUCUUCCUCCUCUUCCUCGACAGCCAUCUCCUCCUCACCUCUCCUCACGGCACCACAUAAGCUGCAGGGCUCAGGACCCCUCAUGCUGACAGAGGAAGAGAAGAGGACCCUGGUAGCCGAGGGUUACCCUGUGCCAAACAAACUUCCCCUCACCAAGAGCGAGGAGAAAGCACUGAAGAGAGUUCGACGGAAGAUUAAAAAUAAGAUUUCAGCUCAGGAGAGUCGGAGAAAGAAGAAAGAGUAUGUGGAAUGUCUGGAAAAGAAGGUGGAGAAUUACACAUCAGAAAACAGCGACCUGUGGAGAAAAGUAGAAAACCUGGAGACUGCCAACAGGUCUCUUCUACAGCAGCUGCAGAAGCUUCAGUCUCUAAUUUCAGGGAAAGUCAUCCCCCGUUCAUGUAAAAUGGCCUCAACUCAGACAGGAACGUGCCUCAUGAUGAUGGCGCUGUGUUUCGUCCUGGUGUUGGGCUCCUUCUCCCCUUGUCUCUCUCCUCUGUCUUUUUUCUCUCAUUCCUCCUCUUUAUCCUCAUCAUCCUCUCACUCCCCACCUUCUUCUCUUCCUUCACCAUCGGCGGACCUCUACACGACCAGUCAGGUCCGCUCCCGAAGCCUGCUCUUCUACGAUGAACAGGCUCCCCUGGAGGAGAGUUCGGUACCGUCAGAAGGAGAGAGGCUGCAGUCAGAGAUCCACUCUCACAUUCAGACCCGUCGGCAUACAGCCGACGCCCACAGCAACCAGACAACCGGGCCCAAAUUAGACCAAAGAGAUACCUAACCAGGCGGAGUCUCGGAGGUUUUCUGACUCUUAUAUCCUCUUCCUGCUUGAAGUGCUCCACCCGCUGGUCCGAAACCAGCGACCAUCCUCCUGUUGCCACAUCGCCCCGGCUACAAAUCAGCCCAGCUUCAACACCCACGUCAAGCACCCUUCAUCUUUACGUUGUAUUUGAACACUCUGGAUGUAAACAUCAACUUUAUUGUUGCUUUAAUGCACUAACAGUCUAAUUUAAAGUAAGCAACUCAUUUCACUGAAUCAGUUUACCUACACAUUGCCUUGCAAAAAUACUUCUCCACAUUUUGGCACAUCAUUAUUUUAUAUGAUAGGCCAGCACAAAGUUGUCUUAGUCAAUCUUUACUAUCUGAUUUUAAUGUUUUUUUUACUAAAACAUUCAGUUAAAAAAACUUAAUUCUCAAAAUCCCAUUUUUAAGAACAAUUAAGCAUAAACAGCAAAAUCUGAAAGAUUAAAUUGUGGCAUUAACCUUCAAAGUGAUGUUUAUGGUUUUCAGAGCUUUAACUGUAAGACAUCACCUAAUAAGAAAGGGGUCAUUGUUGGCUUAUAUUAGUCAUCAAUAAUGAUUCGAUGCUUGAUUUUUAGAAUUACGGAUAGCCAGUAUUACAAAGCUGCAAAGUAUGCUUUCAAAUUUCAACUCAAAAAAAGAUCAUUUAGAAAUAAUAAAAUAAACAGAAAAAUCAGCUAAAGUCUAGAAGUAACCAGGUUUAUUUACCUAAUGCUACAGAUAUUGAAGCAGAGCCAUUUUAAAGUGCCUUCCUUGUUCUGCGGUCCAGUAUGGCCCAUUUGACCGCACAUAACUAUCUAUGAUAAAGAUGUGCAAAAUGCCUUAAAAUAAGUAGCUGCCAUGGUAAGCCCAAUUAGCCUUCCUACGUGGCACGUUCUCUUGUCUUUCUCAUUUUGAAGUGUCUAAGAGAAACUAGCCACUCCAUCAUGUCAUAUUUAUUCAUACCCCAGGGUAACAGGAAGCCCAGGAUUAUUAAAUAAAACAUUAUUUUACAUGUAGAUCAAAUUUAAAAAGUUGAAAUGUACUGAAGAAUAAAAUUUGGGAUUUUUUCUGAAUAAUAAAAUGUAUUUAUUUUAAGGCUUUUUGCACGUCUACCAGAGGUGCCAGUAAGUGUGGAGAACUGCAGCAUGCAUUUAUUAAAAGGUCCUAGCACUUUUUUAGAUUUUCAAAAUAAAACACAAAUUAUAGGUUAUUUCUGCAACUUGAUCAUUUAAUAAGCAUUUUUUUUUACUUCUAAUUCUGACCAAAUGUCUAAUUUUUUCUUAGAUUUUGGUAUUUCUGGGGAGGCGUGUUCUUUUCUUUCAUAAAACGGGGCCGUUCCGAGGCUAGGAAGCAACACAUAAAGUUUUUUUUUUUUGGAAAAUAUAAAUUGUAUAUGUAAUAUAUUUGCAGCAUCAAAAAAAUGCAUAUUUAAUUUAUGCGAAAAAAAAUACAUGUACUGAUUUUUUUAAGUUAGUUUAUCUUAUUGUUUUUUAAAUAAUAAAAAAAAAUACAAAAAGAAAACUUUUAAUAUAUUACGAGCAUUGAAAAAUUUGCAUAUUUAUUAUAUGCAAAAUAAAAAAGGAGAUGAUUUGGCAUUUCAGAAGAGGUGACGUUUCGUGGCGUAAAACUGCUGUCGCAUGAAUUGGGUGCUUCAGAAUUUAAAAAUUAUUCUUUUCUACAUUUCUAACUUUUAUUUCUUGGCAACAAAUUAAAAAAAAAAGUUUAAAAAAAAGAAAAGAAAAAUAGAUGACCAAUUAUCAUGCAGCAGCAGUGUUUGUUGUAUUUAUUGAUUGCUUGUAGAAAGUGUGUAAAUAUUGAAGAAGCAUUCCAGGAGAAAAAGCACCACUAAUUUCAGUUUGAUUGAACACUAUAAAGAAAUCUGUAGAUUUCAUCACCACUAUCUAUAACACAAUGGCGUUCUGAAAACCCCAAACAAGUCAUUUUAUUCCAAAAGCUGUGUAUAACGCAUUUCACUUCAUCACGGGUUUCCUCCUUUCUUUUCUUCCGUCUAGUUCAUUGAUUUUGUCUCCAUUUUGUCAUCGGAAAUGAACAGAAACGCAUUAUGUGACUGCAGCCAGAUCCACUCUCUGUCUCUUUCUCUUUCUCUCUCUUAUUUGUCUGGGACCAAAUAUCAAAUGUACAUAAUUAAUAACAACUUCCAGCAUAGUUGUUGUAAAUAGUGGGCCUUGUUUUUGUACUGUCAUAAUCCCAGAUUUUAGCCUGUGGAACGUCCUGUGGGGAAGAAAACAAAAGGGGGUGAGGGGCAUCAAAAUAAAAGAAAUUAUGAUUUAGGGCUUGGGGGGCGGGGUCCAUUUGUAAUUAACUGAGAUGACACGGCAACUACACACAGUUUGAUUAGUCUAAAAACUCCAGGAGGCGAUUGAUUAUUGCAAAGUUACCUGACUGUCCUGAGAAAGCAGUCAGGAGCCUCUAGGGGGCGCCAGGCUGUUUGAAAUGUGUUUGGAUGUGUUGUUGUCUCUGUUUGUUGUAUAGCGUCCUGCAUGUUCCUCCACAUAUAUAUACAUAUAUAUAUCUAUGUUAUCGUAGUGUAGUCAGUAGAGUAGAAAUGAGCAAAAUAUUAAAAAUCUGCAUCAGCAAC